CAUUUUGUUUUAUGGAGUUAUAGGUCGUGGAAACAUUGGUUUUAUAACUGAAACCAAUGUAUUAUUAUAGAUUAUAAGUUCCAUAUAAGUAAAUAUUUAUGUAAGCUAGAAAUUUUUAUAACUUAUUCAUUUUCAGUUUCAAAAGGUUCAAAGACUUCAUUUUGUAGUUAAAAAAGUUGAAAGUACAUUAUAGUGAUAUCCAAAAUGAUGCAAUUUAUGUUGCUAUUCAGCAGACAAGGCAAACUAAGACUUCAGAAAUGGUAUGUGGCACAUCCAGACAAAUUAAAAAAGAAAAUAACAAGAGAGCUCAUAACAACUGUCCUAGCAAGAAAACCGAAAAUGUGCUCCUUCUUAGAAUGGAAAGAUGUCAAAGUGGUUUAUAAAAGAUAUGCAUCCCUGUACUUCUGCUGUGCCAUGGAGCAAGAGGAUAACGAACUUCUAACAUUGGAACUCAUACACAGAUAUGUGGAACUGCUCGACAAAUAUUUUGGAAGUGUGUGCGAAUUGGAUAUAAUCUUCAACUUCGAGAAGGCUUACUUCAUUCUGGACGAGUUGGUGCUGGGCGGGGAGUUGCAGGAGACAAGCAAGAAGAAUGUGCUCAAAGCAAUCGCCGCCCAGGACUUACUGCAGGAGGAUGAAGCGGUGGACGGAGCCCUGCGGGAGGUGGGUCUGCUCUGAAACCAGCCGGCGAGCCUUUUGAUAGUGAUGUGAAUCAUCUGCGCUCCAUAUAUCUAAGGACGUUUAAUUUAAUAUAUUUCUAAAGAAUUUACGUUGACGAAUUUAUACAACAUAUACUUUAAUGUUUAUUAACUUGUAUUGGUUACCUCUGUAUAUUCUCUUCUUUAAUAUUUAUUUUAUUAUUUGAAAUGUAGAUAAGAAUGUAUUAACAAAUCUAUAAAUACAGAUUCCAAUAACAUUUUUAUUUAUAUAUAAUAUUUGACGUGAUAAAACGAGAAAUAAUUAUAUUAUUUACUUUUAUAUAACAUAUACAUGUAUGAUCAUAAGCCGUGUUACGUACAGACAUUUCACAGCAAAAUAGUCAAGUUAUUCGUUUAUUUCGUUUUCCUGUUUAAUUGUCUUGAUAUAUUACAAUAAUAAUUUGUAUUUCGCCUUAAUGUGCAAUACUAUAAGAUUAUCUCGUAUAUUAGAUGAUUUAAAUUGAAAAGGACCAAAUUUUUAUAAUAAUAUAAGUAACCGCAAUCAAAUACUAAUAAUUAAGUUUGUUUUACAACAGACUACUUCAGCUUCCCUAGGAAUUCUCUUUCUAUUAACGCUAGUCUUAUUUAUUUAGAGAAAAGAUAUAUUAUUUUUACUGUAAAGUUUAUAAAUACUUGACUGCUUGUUCUUUUAUUUAAAAUAUUUUAAACUAAAGAAUUUAUUUUUAUUUAUUACAGAUGUAGUUAUUUAGUUAUUAAUAAGAAAUAACUUCGUUGAGAUUUUUGAUGUCUUUAUAUAAAUAUAUUUUUAUUUUAAUGAUUACAAGUAUUACAAAUCUGUUCUGCCAAAAAUAAUAUACUUAAAUAUAUCACUGAUAGGUUAUAAACGCAUUCCUAUAACGUACUAAUAAAAUAUUAUGUCGUCUAACAUUUUAUGACAGAUAUUUUGUAUUCUAACCUAUAUUUUAUGAAUUUAUUGAAAUCAUACUCUGUAUUUUUGUGGAUAUGAAACAAUAAAACAUAUUAAUAUUAA